AUGUUGUCAACGAGACUACUCUUUAUUGGGCCUGGGCUGUGGCACUUUGCCUGCGAGAACGGCUCAACAUCUGAGAAUUCAUAUGUGAACCUCGGAUCAGUCGUUCACGGGUCCUUAAGACCACUCGUCAACAUAGCACGAGAGCCAAAGCCAGCUCAUCCUAUUGAAGUAUGGCGCAGAGUGCGCGACGCCUACGCCCGAUGGGAAGAGAUAUUGGAGAUCCAGACAAGAUCGUGGAGCUACCGAGAUGACCUCUUGGCAGGCAUAGCAGGAUUGGCCGAGGAGUGUGCCAAGAUUACGGAAGACACCUACCUCGCCGGUCUAUGGAUGAAUGACCUGCAACACGGGCUUGUUUGGGAAAUGCUCAACCCAGAUGUUGGUACCCUUGAGGCAACACUCCGACAGAAGAGGGACCAAAAGCCUUACGUAGGCCCGUCGUGGAGUUGGGUUUCUCAGUUACGGCCAUUCGAGGUUUUACCAUGUCGGCGCUACAACGUGGAAAAUCCUAGGCCACAAGAGAAGCCUUCAAACAACCAGAAGCUUAUGUCAUUAUCAGACACACUGCCAACCCAUGUUCGCGCCGAAUACACCAUCACAGGGAAUCAUAUGAACUUGCAAUGGCGCAGCCCGUUCGGUCGACUCAAUCCCGAUUCAUACCUUCGAAUGAAUGCAUCGUUGGCCGACUUCCCCUCAGAUGUGAAUAUGGUACCUAAACGCAAGGGGAACCCCCCGAUCGGAUACUUCUCUGAUGGAAGUGGCCUCUGCAUGUUUGACUGGUCCGUAGACACUGCUACGAUACAGCAACCGGGCCAUAUGAAGCUCUUGUUGACUUCUAGUUGUUGUUUCAAGACCAAUAACUGGGGUAAACUGCGAUACCUUUCCAGUCUGCGAAACGGGCCGGGGAGGUCUUUCCCAUUUCCGGAGGGUGAAACGGUCUUCAAUCAUGAAGACUGGCGAAGGACAGAGCAAUGUUCUUUCUGUAAAGAUAGCAAUAUGGGGAAUCCAAAGACUGUUUGGGGGCUCGUCGUUCAUCCGGCGGGUCGCCUCGAAGGCUAUUAUCGAGUCGGAAUAUUCUUGAUAUUCUCUGAGGGCGGUCAUAGGCGCGUCUUUGCAACUGGAAGCAAGCAUGACGUACUCUUACUUUAG